AUGCCGGACAGCGAAGUAAGCGAACAAAUUGAAUUAACGGUUUAUUUAACGAAAAAUAAUUCAAUCUGGUUUUUUUUAUUUGCAGAUCUAUGAAGAAUAUAAAGAUGAGAAUACCAUCACUACGAAAGAUUUGAAAUGGUAAAAUUGUUUUUUUUUUUGAAUGGAAAAAAAACUCAUGCCGUGUUCAAAGUAAUUUCCGCGAAAUGCAAAAUGAUCUCUGACUCUCCAAAAUUUAGUGAUCUUUUCCUUUCUCUAACGGGUGUUUUGCAUUUCGCGGAAAUUACUUUGAACACGGCAUCACUUCCUCUUCACAUUAAUGCACAAACACCCCAAUAAUGUGGACUAUAUUUUUCUUCAAAAAAUUUUUUUUCGUUAAUUUGAUUCAUUUCACCAUAAACGUCAAAAAUAAAGAAAAAAAAAAUUUUUUUCGAAUUUCAAUUUUUUGAGAGGGAGCGAUAUGGCAGCUAGACAUUGACGAGAUCGCAGCAAGAAGCCUUGGCUAUACCGCCUGCGGCCCGCUGCGAUAUAGGCAAUUAUGUUUGGUGAACAAAAUCAAUCAAUGGUUUUGGUAGGAAUAGCGAAAAAAGAUAUUUUCGUCUUUGACGUUUGUACUGAGCUAUAGUGAUAAGAUAUAUUGCAUUUCACGGCGUUCCCAAACGGGGUGGCAAGACGUCAAAAAAAUUUUGGCGCGAAAUUUGAAAUCUACAGUACUUCAGCCGAAGGCGAUCGAACAAACAAGUUAUUAACGUUGAAUAUUCAGUGUAAUUGUGACGUAAUUUUAUCCGUAGCGCGCACUAAAUUUUUUCUGUAAAUUCAGAAACUUUGACGCCUCGCUCACCUUCCCUCACCCCCAUUAGGAAUGCCGUGAUUUGAACCCAACCAGGAUCUUUCAAAUUCAAACGCCACAUAAUAGACUUGAGAAGAUAUGUCACACAAUCAAAUUCAAGGUUGGUGAAGGUUCGUGGCUAUGAAGACAACGUGGUGGCAGUAGUUGCGUGCGAUCCUGGAACGCCUUCGACCAUGUGGCAGGUCGAAGCCGAAGUUCGAUUUUGGCUCAAGAAAGACGAAAUUUUAACGCCUGUGAUCACGGUACUGUUUUUGAUAAGAAAUUAAGAAAAUGGAUAAGAAAGAAUAAUAACAAAAGAAAGUAUUGGCUAUAAAUUUUUUUCAAAAUGGUUCUUUGGGCAUAACUUAUCUGAAAGUGUCAACAUGGAUGAAGCAAAAAGUGAGAGAAAGCAGUGUCAAAUGAUUUUUGGAGAUGUUUUAAAACUUUUGGAAAGUGGAAAUCCCAAACAGAAUCGACCCCACGUAUAUUCCAUGUAAAUGAAAGGCAUCAAAGUACAAUGUGCGCUUUUAAUAUUCAACUGGGAGAGGGAUUUUUUGAUUUUUCCGUGAGUAAAAGACUUAUUUAACACGGAAAGGUUCCAGGAGGAGUUACGAAGUUUCAUAGAAAAUAUGAUUUUCGCAAUCUCAAGAGAAAAUUUUUAGAUUUUUGAAUUUUUGGUUUUUUGCUCACAUCUCUAUUCUAUGUUGAGCAGGAAGGUUUUACGCAUGGGAUUCAGUUUUUGCACAGUUAUUUGAAAUCUGUGUGAAGUUUCAAGACUACUGAACAACUUUUAUGGCCAGUACAGUUUUUUUUUAUACACUGCGUUCAAUAAGGAUAGGACCCCCCUCGAUUUUGGACUUUCUGGCAAAAUACGGAAAGAUAUCAAAAAUCUGUGAGUGCCAUUCGAUUCAGAGUACAAAAUAACCCCCAGAGCCAAACUUUCAUUAUCCUAGCACUUUUCCUACGAAAAUGCCAUCGAAAAAACGGUUUUUUGACCGUUCAAUAAGGAUAGGACCACCUGGAAAUUUUGACUUUCAUUGGUAGUUUUUGGUCAAUUUCUCUUUUUGAUGAGCGGUUUUUUUGUUUUUAUAUUAUUUGUUUCCAAGUUUUCUACGGUUUUCCUUUCGUAUCUUCCAGGUUUAAAAAAUAUUUUAUAUCGAAAAUAGGGAUGACGUUUUUUGAGCUUGCAUCAAGAUAUUUGAGCGAGUGAUUUUUUCCAGUACUUUGAAUGAACUUAUCUUAUUAAUAGAGACAUUUUAACAUUCAAAAAAACAAAAAGAAGUUUGUGAAACAUUAGUUUAAAAGUUAGAAUACCAGUUACAAGAUGGUGUAUCAUGACCGAAUUUCAGACUGUCGUCGUUUUCGCCCGUUUUUCUUUCUGUACGUAGUCGGAAUGGCGGUGUACUUUUUUUUUGAGAACUCGCGAAGGUGCUAUGAACAUAAUUCAUCAACAAGAUAAUCUAAAAAAAUUUCAUUUACUACGUACAAUGCCGAGAAAAUGUGCGGAGAAAUUGUUACUCGCGCUCAUCGAAGGUAUUGUUUCAAAUAGAGCGUUUGGCGGGUUUUUAGUUUGUCAACUAAAUAAAACAAAAAUAAAAACGUGCAAUAAAACAAUUUUCAUUAGAAUUAAAACUUUUUAUAUGAUUUAUUUACAUGUACCGCAAAAAGUUCGAGUAGCAGUCGGAAGGGUGUUUAUCCCUUCGAUUUCCGAAGAUCGAUAUUUUUUAUCCAAUCCAACUAAAUGUCUUUUUGUGAUGGGAGCACCUUCACAAAUCCUUUAAAAAAAGUACACCGCCAUUCCGACUACGUACAGAAAGAAAAACGGUCGAAAACGACGAUAGUCUGAAAUUCGGUCAUGAUACACCAUCUUGUAACUGGUUUUCUAACUUUUAAACUAAUGUUUCACAAACUUCUUUUUGUUUUUUUGAAUGUUUAAAAUGUCUCUAUUAAUAAGAUAAGUUCAUUCAAAGUACUGGAAAAAAUCACUCGCUGAAAUAUCUUGAUGCAAGCUCAAAAAACGUCAUUUUUCCCUAUUUUCGAUAUAAAAUAUUUUUUAAACCUGGAAGAUACGAAAGGAAAACCGUAGAAAACUUGGAAACAAAUAAUAUAUAAACAAAAAAACCACUCAUCAAAAAGAGAAAUUGACCAAAAACUACCAAUGAAAGUCAAAAUUUCCAGGUGGUCCUAUCCUUAUUGAACGGUCAAAAAACCGUUUUUUCGAUGGCAUUUUCGUAGGAAAAGUUCUACGAUAAUGAAAGUUUGGCUCUGGGGGUUAUUUUGUACUCUGAAUCGAAUGGCACUCACAGAUUUUUGAUAUCUUUCCGUAUUUUGCCAGUAAGUCCAAAAUCGAGGGGGGUCCUAUCCUUAUUGAACGCAGUGUAUAUAGUAGAGUUAGGCCCGAUGAGCAAAUGCCUUAUCACUCAUUUUCGCAGGAACGAUCGAUUUUCAAUUCGAGCAAGAAACCUCUUCAGCUCACCUUGAGAGGUACCGAGCAUCAACCCAUGGAUUCCGCUUUGGUAUUUUUAGAAUAAAAGUUUGUUUCAAAAAUUUUCAUUUUCAAAUAUUUCUUAUAAAAUUUCAAACAUGGCUUUACAGCCUAAACUUUCAGUUCGAGAUCUUGGUGUAGCUUUCUCAAAUAACCUUAAGUUCAAUGAUCAUAUAUCUGAAAUCUGCAGACGGUGUAAAUGUCGCAUAAAUGUUAUGUUUAACGUGUUUCGAUCCACUGAGCUUUCAUUGUAUUUAAAAAUGCUUUGAAGUGUAUAUUCGUCCUAUUAUUGAUUAUUGUUCUGUAGUCUAUGCUCCAAUUGACUCUCACAAUAUUUGUUUGAUUGAAGGUGUUCAGAAAAAGUUUCCUUUUUCCGAGCUUACCAUCGUUGCGGCUUGCCCUACCACUCUUAUUUCACUUGUUUAUCUGAAAAUAGUCUCAAAACUCUUGAGACAAGACGCCUCAUCUUUGACAUGUCUCUUGUUUAUAAAAUUGUACUUAGAGAAGUCCCCAUUGAUUUCGAUAGUCUCUUCUUUUUCCCCCGUGUCCGUGCGCUGCGUCGCCAUCGCUAUUAUUUACGUUCAAAUAUAAGACAUAAUAGUAACAUCGUUGCCUCGUUUUUUAGUAUCAGAAUAAUUAAUGUUUGGAACUCCCUUCCCGAUGUUGUAUUUGAUCUAUGUAAUGAUUCUAUGCGAUUCAAAAUCUAUUUAGAAAACAACCCUCAUCUUCUCGCUGACUUUCUUAAAAUAUCUUCUAACUUUUAAACGGUUUGUUGCUGUUUUUCAAUGUUUAAAUUUCCCUUUUUAAAAAUUGGUUCUGUUAGAGGUCUUUUCGGCCCUUGAACUGUAUUAUUAUUCGUAUUGAAUAAAUGAUGAUGAUGACAUGUUGCCGAUUGCUCUGCUUCGAGCGCAAAAGCUGUCGUCGAAAUCGAAGUAUUUUCCACGUCUAAUUUGAGGUAACAAAAUUUUCUUAGCUGGACUGUUUCAAAAUCCUUCAGAACUUUGAACAAGAACUCACCUUUCGAAUUCACGGAAAAUAGCCCCGAUUCAGACCUCAAAAUAAUCGUUGAGGGAAAGCGGCUCUACGCCAACAAAGCGGUUGAAAUCUCCAGUAAUCAAUAAUUUUUGAUUUUUGAAGAUUAUGAGAGUUUUCUCGUCUUACUUCUACGGCAUGUUGACCGCAACCAAAGAAGAGCAAACCGUUGAGUUGGAAAACGUUUCUUACGACGAAAUGAGCACACUUCUUCAGGCGGUGUAUCCGACCCCGCUGAAGAUCAAUGGUGAGAGUGGAAUCAGAGAUUUUCUGAAUUUUUCUGUGUUUUUUUUUGUGCCACGUUCAAAGCUAGUUUGACUCGCGCAGCUCCGUAUUUUCUCAAUUGUCGCAAAAAAAUAAAACGAAAGUUUUUACGCGUUAAAAAUAUACAAGCGUAUGAAGGAACUAUUCUGUUGCUGAAUGAAUCAUGUAGAAAGGAUUCUCGAGUCGAAAAAACUUGAAAAACGUCAUUUAUCAGAUUAACGAUAUAAAUUCACAGUCGGAGCCGCGAGACUCGCGUAGAUUCACGCGACAUAGGCCACGCGCCUCAACCGUUUUGAAACGCCGUGCGCAGCGGAACAGUUAUUUUUAUAUUCAAAUUUGUCUUAUCGAAUGGGCGGAGCCGACCAAUCACGCUGCGGUUGAAUUGAACUCGUGCCGAGAACCGCGUACGCACACGCUACGCGUCCUGUCUUUUUUCCUGCCUCUUAGGCUAGUCGAAAAAUUUUAUGAAGCCUUUUGCGAAGAAGUAUUUUCAUAAAUAAGGUUUUUUUUGGCGUUUUCCCCAUAUGGACCACUCUAGGAGGUUUAAGCGUUUUUUGAAUGAAAUUGAAAGAUCCCUUUAGGGACCACUUGAGCUUAUGGGUAAAGGGGUCAGAUCCGAAACCCCAUAGGAACAACCUUGAUUUUACCCCUAUGGGUAGGGGGCGCAAAGCCCCGCCCCUUCACGCCACCAAAAUGACGAUUUUUUUGUUGCAAAAACGGUUUUGAGGCGUUUAUACUGGCUAAAGUUCCACUUUAAAAAUAAACUGUCUCUGUUAAUCUAUGUAAUCGACAACGCUCUACAGGGCUGAAAAACUUUUAACCUAUGUAUUUUUCAAAAAUAAGCGAAAAAGUAAGAUUUAACACGAAAAAAACUGACAAGUUUCACAAAAUCGUCGCGUUUCUGAAAACCAAGUGAGGAACGCUUCUAAACUUUAAGUAUGUUAUACAUUAACACUUCCUUUAUUUUUUGAAUAAAAAUUUAAAAAAAUCUAACGACGCGAAAAAAAAAUCGAAGCUUGUAAAGUGACACCAAACUUUGAAGCUGAAAUGCGAAAAAAUUUCAGCGACAUGGUAUACUUUUUAUUUGAUUUAAAAACUCACAAUGUGCUCACAAACAAAAAUUCCAAAUAAUUAUUGGGACAGUGAAUCAAAUUAUAUUUGGAUUUUACCAAAACCUCCAUUUUUUUCGUCUGCCUCGUUGACGCAUGAGAGAAUAGGAUCGCGUCUAUACUUUUUGAUUAUGUUAUUGAGCGUUCAAAACUCUAUCAAUGAAAAAAUUAUGAAAAAAAUCAAACGACGCGAAAAAAAUAACGGCUUCGAAAACCUCGAAAAAAUGGCAAUUUUUUUUGAAAUUUUGGAAGAAUUCGUGCAAGCGUUCGUAGCUGUGUUUGCGUCAAACACACCGAUUCGCACUUUUAAAUGUUGCAGGAGCCGUUUUUUGGAGUCAAAUUACACAUUUUCCUGUUUUAUUUCGAAAUAACAUUAUUUUUCAUUUUUUCUUUUUCCAAACCAAAUGAUAAUAAUUUUUCUGAUUAGAAAAAAGAGAAUAAAGCUGAAAAUUCCUUCUGACCUUUUUUCUAAAUAGUUUUUUUGAUAUUUUAUCAAAAAUUCUUAUGAGGAUUGUACAAAAGAUUUAUGCCAAAACGUUAAGCUCAGUUCGGACAACCUCUCAGAACAGAAAACCGAUUCGAAAACGGUUCAGAAAUGCGCAAAAACAUUUAAAAAGAAAGCGUGCGGCAGCGGGUAAACCGUGAGAUUUUGCCUCCAGUUGUACGCCGCGGGCGCUCGUUUUUUGGCCAUAACUUUUUUCUUAGUGGAGCUUUUUUCAAAAACUAAACGGAUUAUGAAAAUGGACAGUCUCCUCUAUCGAACAGUGUAAAAAGCAUAUUUUUUGGAUCGUUUUGAAGAAAUGGCUUGCGGACCCUACCUAUGGGGGCUGUUUUUAACUUUAAAACCUAUAGGGACCACUCUGGAUUACCGAAGUAUAGAUUUGAACGCGGCAUUACAACUGACUCGUUUGGUUUCGAAAAGAUAUUCUCCUAUAAUAAAAUUCCCUAACAAUCCUUUCAUCACGAAAAGGUGUAUUUGAGAAUCGAACGUGGAAACUUUGUUGAAACUCGGCAAGCUCUACGGGAUUCCCUCGGUUUUGAUCAAAUGCGAUUGCUUCUUGCGUUCUCCGGAAGCUGCAGCAAUGGAUAGAAACGGACUGCUCCGUUGGGCUGUUUUCUACGAGCUCCCUGAUCUUCAGGUUCUACCGAAAAAAAAAUUUUUUCAAGUUGUAUUUUUGAGGGAUUUAUCCUUGAAUCAUUCGAUACGGCUGAGAAGAUUUUUGCGGUCCGCGACAGCCCCGUUUGGUCGACCUUGGGCCAUGAGGAAAAGGCGUCGCUUCUGGAAAGGAUGUUCAACCUCAACUGCAACAUUUCUGUUAACUUAAGCUUCCCUACUCUUUGA